CACGACUCUCGUUAGCGCAAUGAUGAUGUUUCUCGGAAGUGAGGACAAGGUUUACAUUCUGGACAAGGUUGAAAAUAAUCCUCAACAACUCAAUGGCCGUUCGGCAUGGGCUGCUGAGUGGGACAUUCAAAGCAACACGGCAACUCCGAUGCCAGUCAUCACGAAUGCCUUUUGCGCCUCUGGGAUGCAUUUCCCUAAUGGCUCAUGGGUGACUUUUGGUGGGAAUGGGGCAAUUGGACCUGGAGGCAACAUCUCCGACGUGGUAGGGCCCACAGGGACAGGGUGGUAUUCUAGUGUCUACAAGGAUUACGAUGGCGGGGAUGCGAUCCGCAUACUUGACCCUUGUAAAGGAGGGCAGGAUAUCUCCCAGUGCCAAUGGAGUGAUAACGUCACCCAACUCAUGAAACGUCGUUGGUACUCGUCAGCUGAACCCCUCGCAGAUGGAACCAUUCUUCUCCUUGGAGGCUUCGUCAACGGUGGAUACAUCAACCGUAACUGGCCAGUCAUGAGCUCCGACCGUGGCACUCAAGGAGGUGCUGCGGAACCCACUUAUGAAUUCUAUCCGCCGUAUGCGGGCUACACUCCCCAGAUUUCUCAAUUCACCGUCAAUACCACUGGUCUCAACUCGUACACUCACAUGUUCCUUAUGCCCUCUGGUCUCGUCCUUCUCCAAGCAAAUUAUAGUACCACUUUAUGGAAUUACACAUCCAACCAGGAAUACCCCUUACCGGAUAUGCCUGGUCAAAUCGUCCGAGUGUAUCCAGCCUCAGGAGCGGUCGCCAUGCUUCCUUUGACCCCUGCAAACAAGUGGACUCCAACCAUUCUCUUCUGUGGUGGGACAUUCAUGAGGGACGAUCAAUGGGGAAACUACAGUUAUCCGAAUGCUGCUACGUGGAACAUCUCUGCGUCGAAUGAUUGCCAUCGUCUCACUCCCGAACCUACCGACGGCUCACCAGUACAGUAUGUGCAAGAUGACAAUAUGAUUCAGCCAAGAACCAUGGGCCAAUUUAUAGCGCUACCUGAUGGGACUUACCUUGUCAUCAACGGGGCUGUUAAUGGAACUGCGGGCUACGCCGAUCAAACUGGUACAACCCCUCAUAAUCAAAUGCCAUUCACGAUGAGUCUGGCAUCGGGGCCCGUCCUCCAGCCUGCGAUAUAUGACCCAAAUGCACCUGCGGGGUCAAGAUGGUCGAAUGCUGGGCUAGGCUCAUCCAAAAUACCAAGACUUUACCAUUCAACAGCUAUCCUCCUCCCGGAUGCGUCCGUACUGAUCGCAGGAUCAAAUCCUAACGUGGAUUAUAAUCCUAACGCAUAUUUCCCAACAACAUACGAUGCAGAGAUCUUUUAUCCGCGUUAUUUCAAUAGAUCGAAACCCACCAUACAUGGUGUCCCUACUUCGUUAGGUUAUGGUGGUGAUCCAUUCGACCUUUGGUUCGAUGCCAGCUCAUACACCGGGAAUGCCAAUGACAUCGCUGACAACACGACUGUCCGGUUCAUGCAACUCAAUAGCACCUAUACCGUCAGCGAUAACGGCACUGUAACACUCCACGUUGCACAACUCCCUCCUAGUCCCAACCUCAUUACUCCUGGCCCCGUUCUCCUUUUCGUUGUCGUUAAUGGCACUCCAAGUAACGGCACCAUGAUUACUGUCGGAACAGGUAAUUUCGGUGUCCAACCUACAAAACCAGCUAAAUCCCCCACUACGACUUCGGGAGGAUCAGGAGGAUCUUCUCCGUCAAGCCAGCACAAACUCUCGCUUGGAGUUGUCGCUGCUGCUGCAGCAGGGGGGACAAUCGUCCUUGCUGUUCUUGUGGCUCUCUUCCUUAUGUGCCGCAAGCGCAAGAAGGAACCUGGCCCUGAGUAUUCUGGUUCGUAUGGCGCCCUGUCCGCUGGUACACAAAUGGCAGCACUCAAGUCGGAGCAGCCUCGUGGUUCGGGUGCAUUCAUUCCUUUGCAACAGUACAACAACUCUGCAUGGAACGUUGACGACAACCAUUCAAUACAUUCCGAAUCCCGCAUGGACCUGCACGAGCCGCAGCUUCCUGCGGCCGGGGGCGAGAAGUAUCCAAUACACAUGGGGGCUGCUGGCGAUUAUGAAGCACCAAUCACGCCAUUGAAGAGUCCCUCGGGGGGGAGGAUCGAUUAUGACGAUUAUUAUGAUGACCCGCCACCGACCGCAUUGCGCUUCGGACACGAAGAUGGUACUGGGCGGGCUUCAUGAUCACAUUUCGAGUCGGACAGCUAUUGUUCUUUCUUGUGUUUCUUUUUUCCGUAUCUCGCUAAUACACGUUUUGCCAACCCAUGCUGGACAUACAAUACUUUAACUACCUGCCGACUUAUAUCUCUCCCCCACUCUUAUCGCCAACCUCCUUGGGUAUCGAUCAAUACACCUC